UGAGAAUUGCCAGCACCAGGUUGAAUGUCUAAGAAAACGGAUGAGCUGCCUGUUCGGUCAACAAAGAUUGAAAGGAAUCACCUAGAGCUCAUUCUGUGUGGCAAGAUCCUGCAAAGGUUGGUGCUUUUGUUGAAUAAUAUUGCCGUCGUUAAAAAGUGCCCAGAAUUGACAAAAAUGACAAAAACUAAAAAGACAACAAGAAAAAUUUAAAAAAAUUGAAACAACAACAAAAAAAGCAAAUUGUGCCACGCGAAAGUACCGAGAAUCGAAGGGACCGUCACAUCAUUUCAUUUCGUACGUGGAUUCAACAGCAAAAACCUGCGUACAAAGGCUGCGUUUAGGAAACGGGGCUAAACUGUAUAGUGCUUCUGAUCUCAAUAUGCCAUUUUUAUUUGUUCAUCAUCUCUGACAGAUCAGUUAAUUUCUUCCGGUUCAUUCACUUUAUUGCUUUUUAAGCAGUCUCAACCAUUUUUAGCUUCUUUGUUAUUUUAGUGUGCCUUCAAUUUCUUUAAAGGCGUGUUGUCCCUUUUUAUGAAACUCUUCCAUCUUGAGGUAAAGAAAUUGGGUUGAAAAAUUCAUCUACUGUCAUACACUUAAUAAGCUAGUAAAAGUAGCUUGAAGCUCAUGAGAUAUCCACUUAAUUUGUUAAGUUAUCGGUUCAAGUUUUGCGGUUGAUCUUUAUUGAGUAACUUGUUUUCUGUGAUAGUUAACUAUUAAAAAAAGUGUUCGACAUUUAGCUAGUUAAAAGUUCGGAAGGAGCAACAAUUCCACUAACCUGCCGGCUAAUGGCAUAAUCAAAACUGGCGAACUUUACAGUAUAAAAACCUUGAAUCAAUUCCAGUAAAAGGCACGUAUUUUUCAGUUUUAGUUGGCUUUCUUGAGCGAUUUAUCUUCAAGCCACUUCAACCACGUUGCCAACAAGUACCAUCAUUCUUCCAGCACUAUCUUAGAUUGCCCCAAAUCUUUUUAUUCAGUGGAAUCCGUGCGCUAUAUUUGCCUAAGAUCUAGCCAGUACUUAACCUUUCAAAAUGAAGGUCGAGCUGUGUCGCAUCCGCCGAGAAUAACAUUUUGCACGCAAUACUCAGGCUUGACCACGCCUUUACGUAUCUUCAACAUGCAUACCAUCUGUUGUGUUGUGACUUGUUAUAUUAUCAAAGGUGGAACGAUAUUGAGGAUUAAUCAAUAGGAACUUUUUAAAUCCAUAAUCAGAUCCAUAUAGCAAACGUUAUUUAGGCGUCGAGAUUGAUUACUGGUUGCAAUAUUGUUGGAUUAAAGGAUGCUGUAGAUUUGUUUCAAUCACUCAAUGGCACUUUUUAAUUAACGUACAGUCGCGCCAGUAGACAUGGAGUUCAUUUUACAAUAAGAUCCUUCCAGAAAUAAUAUUUUCUUCCUAAUGAAAGCUGUGUUGAUAGACUAGCUACUUGAAAAGAAAUCAUAACAAGCGGUACUCGAAAGGUUCGAGCGGCUAUACAAGAAACUACUGACCGUGUCCAAUAAGCCUGACAGCUUCAGAUGAGACAAACUUUUAUGGACGUAACACUCGUAUUUCUAGUAAAUUGUCCCGUAAUGGCGUACUCGUGAGCGUGAAAGGAGGCCCCCUAAUUAAAUCAUUCAAAUAGUUUUAGCAGAGUCUGAGCCUUCUCUUUUUCACUAAAAACAAAAGAAAAGAAAAGAAAAGUAACGCAAACAAGUAAAAAUAACAUAUAAGCACAUCAGCGGAAAAUGACAGACACAUCCUUGAAAACAAAGUAUAAGCCUCUUUAAGGAAAGGGGGGGGAACCAAACCUCAGCUCCUUCCUCCCGUACUUUGCCUCGGCUUCCCCCCCUUUUUUCUUGAAAGGAAUGGUUACGUAAUUUUUCCCCACUCAUUUCUCCCGCUUCCCUCUCUUUAGAAUUCCCCAUUCGCCCAUUUCCUCUCCCGCCCCCUAUUCUUCCGGGCGUCCACACCCCUGUCUUCCCCCAUCUAGAACUACCAGUAGACACUACCGGUUAUUUUCAAGGCUCCCGCUCUCUCAACUCGGUCCUGAGCGUACGAGAAACCUGACCCGCGUAGAUAAAUCGGUUUGACUGGUUUAUUAACCCACAGAGCACCACUUGAAUUUACGUAUUCGAGGUCAAGAAGCUAAUGUGAAAUCUUGCUCAGUCAAACUGCGUAAUAAGACAGAACAUUUGUUUUCCUUUGGGAUAAUUCCUAAGCCGGAUAUGCCGUAACAACCUUGCCCCACCAGGAAGAAAUGUUUUAGGCAUUGCGUGACUUUAACACUAGGUCAGACAGCUAAUUAAUUACUUCCGUUGAUUAGCUAUGGUAACAAUUCCUUCUCUAAUUAGCACACGCAAACCAGAAAGACCAGAAACUUUCUUCUGUGAUCUUUUUGCGAAGUUCUUUGCUAGUUUUACAUAUUUGCCUUUGAAUCGUUGUGUCUUUCGACCUAAUUUAUCAUGAAAAUUAGACUGGUACUCCAUUGGCCAUUUCAUAAAGAAAAAGAGAAGUUUUACAAUGGUUUCUAAUUUAAGGAGAGCACUACAUACCACAUGUUGGCAGAAUGGCCAUUAAAAACAAAACAUAAGAGUUCUUUGUUUAAAACUAAUCAACGCUUACGGGUUAAAAUUGAAGAGAUCUUUUGCACAGGAGUCACGGAGUUCAGCAAUUGAGUGAUUGUCUUUUGAGGGAAAAAACAUAAACCUUUUUUUAUCUGGUUUCAAAACUGUAGAUUUUAUACAUUCUUAAGACUAUUUCCACACAUUGCGCAAAUCCCCACAGGAAAAUCAUUCGUUUUAAAUUACAUUUUAACGAAUUCAGGUUCUUGUAAUGAGCUUGGAAAACCCCUAAGAAUCGAGCGGAGUCCUGCGGAUUUUUUAUUCUUUCGCUCGAGGAGCCAUGUUUUUUUCAUCGCAUGAAGUUUGUGUUCAUUAUUUCGUGACCCGUCUCCUGCGACCUCUAUCCCCACAGGAAGCAAAACCCACAACAUCUGGACAAUAUUCAUGGCCUUUCAUCACAUCUUGAUUACGGAGACAUGCGAAAGAUGCAUUGGAAAAGAUCCAUUGAAGUAUCGCUACUCGAAUUACCCAUUUAUCCUGUUGAAUGCACUCGAGAAAGACCAACAAUCUGAUUACGGACUGAAUAGUUGUGUUUUUAAGCCAUUUAGAGUUACAGACAGGGGCUAAAUUUUUUUUGAACAAGUCAUUCUGAACGAGAUCAUUUGAAAAUGGAUUACAAGGAGAUUUAUUAAGAGGUCGCCCUUCUAUUUCAAGAUGCUAAAAAGCUUGGUUUUAGAAAAGGUAGAACCUUUAUACCACUAUAUUAUCGUACAAAUCGGUCAUUUCCUCUGAGGCAAAUGUUUUGAAAGAGCGUGAUUUUUAUUUAACUCUUUAUCUCGAGGCAAUCGUUACAUACUGUUUGUUUUAAUUUUCAGAUGAGCGAGAUGCGAGCGUCGGCAGCCAGUCGAAGCUCACGAACGCCAGCGAAGCAAGCCGAAAUGCCACGAGAACUGGGAAUCUGUUGUGAAAAAUGCAACAAUCGCCUGGUAGAGCUGAAACGGCAAGUUAUGCGGCUGAUCUUGCCAGAAAUUCAAGGUGCUUUACAGAGCCAACGAAAGAACAAAAACACGGUGGGUUAAUAUGUUUGUUUGUUGAAGAAAUCUAGCCUCACCAGGAGUAGAAAAACUUCAAUCAACUCUUCUUUAGCGGUUAUUCAAUAAGACUUGGAAGAGUCUUUCAUUUUCAUAAUAUGUUUGCCGACUAUAUUCGGUUGUUGGUUUUUUCAAUGAGGUGAGAACAACCUGGUCGAAUACACUUUUUUCUUGAAGGACGCGUAAUUAUUUCAGUACCUUGAUAAUUGCAAUUAUCGACCUAUUGGGUAAAAAAUUUCAGUCGCGUUGACUAUUUCGCCACAGAAUGGACCCUCCCCAUUCAGGAAACCCCAAAUGGUUCGGAGAAGUUUACAUUGCUUUGACAGAAUUCAUCUCUUAACCAAAAAAAUUUUCUUUUCAAGUAAGACACUGGCUAAAUACGUGCUUCGUAAAAUCCUUUUUCAUUUGUUUGUUUAUUUAUGCUCUUGAUGGAGCCGGAGAGUACUAGAGAUACUACGGCGUGACCAUUUGAAAUUGAUAUCAGCGUGGGUAUAAUAAAACUUACCGUAAAGUGACAGAUUUUACAGUAUCGAUGGUUGAAAGGUGUAUUGAAAAUAUUGUUUACUUUUACAAUUUCCUGACUGACUUAAACGACGUAUCUUCAACGUGAAGACUGAAUUGAAAAGCUAUUGAAAAGUACUGUAAUUCAUUUUUCUCACUUAAACUGAGGGUUUCGUCGUUUCCAACAACCCCUCAUGAGGUUUUUGUCGGUGUCAUUGCUCAUGUGAACAAUUUGGUUUAUACCGCGUUUAACUUAACGAGAUAGAGAAGUGAACAACCUUCGUAUUAGCAGCAGGAUUUGCACAGGAAUCCUUGUUUUUAUCGGUGCUUGUGAAGGUGGGCGGCCUUUCUUUGUAGGAAAGGUGCAGAAUGGAUGCAGGCCACAUAUGAAAAACAGGAACGUUCUUUGUCAUUGUCCAAUGAAUUUAUCCAUAUUGUGAAUGUUGUGGUUAAACUCUGUAUGGUCAGUCCUAGAAUUACGAAUUUACACUUGCUGAGUUUAUUACCAUUAAAUAAACCCCUCCUCGUCUAUCUCUAAAAGAUCAAUAACAAUAAACUCUUCUUCGCGACUAACCAAAUAUAUUCCGGGGGUUAACGACCUGACCCAUUUUUGGCACAGGGACGCCGCCGAAGACGUCUGGACGAAUGGCUAACUUAGGACAAAAAAAAAAUUAAACACCUACGGUUUAUAGGAAAAUAGCUAAAAUAACCUCUGUUUUGAACCUUGUCUAGGACAGCGCACGAAAUGCACAAUCUAUAACUGGUGUUUCUUUACGAAAUGAGACCUAACUUAUUCCACAGUACUGAGGGCAAGUUUGCAUAAAAUGUUAUACCCUGUCCGUUAAUAGAUCGGAAUGGUAAAGAAUUCUGACGUUAGACUCCUUUGCCUGAUAUGUUUUUGUGGGCUUGACGGCGCGGUGAACAACUUUCAAUAACAUUCCCAUCAUUUUGAUGUUACGGACCAAUAAUAACGUCGGAUUAAUUUACUCCGUCACAAUGUGUGAACCAAUGAAGACAAUGAAAGGAUUGUGCACCGAUUGUACCGCCUUUAAUAACAAGUCAUGCCCGCUAUUCUAGACAGAGAGCUAUGCUGAAAACCCGGAGUUGGAGGUACACCCUGUAAUGGCCUAUAUGGGAAGGCUCCGCCCGAAAGGGGUAACUUCUCAGCCUUCAGGUGUAUGAAAGGGUAACGUAUAUGAAAGGAUAGGGAGAUUUGUCAUUUAAGCCUGUAAAAUGACGUAAAAAGAUUAUAGAAGGAUUUUGUGAUUUAUUCAUAUUUAAAAGACGGUGCAUUUACAGCAGUCAAAGGGGAUUCAAAGAUCUAAACUAGGUACGUGAAAGGGGUACCAUUUGUCAAUAGAAGGUGUACGAAAGAGGUACCUUUUCUGUCCAAAAUGGUAUAUAAAAGGGUAAGGGGGCGGACCCUGGGGCGGAGCCUCCCCGUAUAAAAUUUGUUGAGCACCCCUCCCCCCCCCACUGGGGGCGGCCAAGAGACCAUACACUUUUCAGCAGCACCUCUAGCCCUAGUAACUAGGAAGCAGUCCCCCAUCCCUCCCCUCCUGUUAAUAACCAAGGAUUUUUUUCAAGUUUUGAACUGUUGUAAUACCAAGAGUUUUUUUAGCGACCGUUGAAAGUCAGAUUAAGCCAUUUAUUUCAAAUUCUAUCUCGCUGGGAUAAUUCCACAAGGAUGUUUAGCUCUGCAUUUUUGACAUAUUCUUCAAACAAAAAACUCUCAAAAUUUCCGUUAAAAUCUGAUAGCUUGAUAUUGAUACCAAUUAUUUAAAAUCAUUACUUUCCGGUGACGAAUGAAGACUAGGCAUUUGUGAUGGAAACAAUGUUAUUGAUCACAGUCACUUUCCUUUAUAACAGUGAAAUAGUAAUUUUAAGGCCAAAAAGUUACCGUUGACAUUUGUCACUACUUCUAAGAAAUUGGUUUUAAAAAGUUCCCUUCAAAUCAAGUGGUCCGAUGCUGAUGAUUUUGACGUUUAUCAGUCAGUCCAGUCGUUUUAUAUCCAGUCUCAAUAGUUACGUAACAUACAUUUUCUCAAUGUUUAGAGCAUUUUAGGAUUUAACGUUGCGAUACUUUUUGAAGAUACUUACAUGUAUUUGUCAUUCUUUUAAACUUGUUCCAACCUGGGUAGAUGGUCAAGAUGGUUUUGAUGCUGUAAUGGUCUCAGGCCCUAGGUUUGUUAAAAUUUGGGCUGGUGUUCAAGGUUAUUGUGACUUUUCUUUGUGAGCUGAUAGUAAUGCACAUUUUUGGAUUUCUAUGAAGUUCAUAUUUGAAAGAAAAAAACCCCUUUAGGGAAAUAGUGCUGUAAUAAUGUAACUUUUGAAUCCGAACAUGUAAUUCUACAGUGUGACAACGGAAGCCGAGAAUCGAUCCUGAUUUCUCAAACCCUGGAUUUUCUCUUGAACCUCAAAAAUACCGUAAAAUUCCGAAAAUAAGCCCCGGGGCUUAUAUUUUUCAAAGGACCUUUUUGAGGGGCUUAUUUUUGGAGGGGCUUAUCUACAGAGGGAAAUUUGCGUUUCAAAAUCGAUUGGGCUGGCCUUAUAGUUAGAAGUAACUUUACCGUUUUUGCUUUGUUUUACUUUGUAUUCAAGGGAAAUUUUCCAAGUAUGAGCCCCCGGGGGCUUAUAUUUGGAGGGGCGAUUUAACGGAGGGUUUUUUGCGUUACCGGUUUCGGGGACUUAUAUUUGGAGGGGUUUAUACAUGGAGGGGCUUAUUUUCGGAAUUUUACGGUAUUCAAACUAAUCCCCGAGUCAAACACUGAAAAUUUUACCCUCUUUCUAAACCUGCCAAUAAUUUGAGCUAAACAUUCUCCAGCAGGUUGAAGAAUUGUGAUUUCACUGUUGAAACUUCUUCAUCUAUACCUUCUCAUGGUAACAUUUUUCGUUCAGUAUUUUUCAGAAUGACAUUUUGGAUCUUUUUCGUCGAGUUUUCGUUCGAAAAUUAACGAGCCGUCUCUGUCAAGCUUUUUGUGUAAAAAAUGUUUACCGCUCCACAUUCUCUGAUUUCAUGUCAUUUCGAGUCAGUUUCGAGAGAAUAGCUGAAUUUUUAUAUAAGACAAAAGUGUGUUUAUUCUUUGAGCAGACAACACUAAGUUAACUUCGCAAUAAAGCUUUUUUGUCUAAGAUAUUUGCUUCGUGCUGUGUUGUAUCAACACCUUAGCAAUAUACAGUCAGUGGCUUUUGUAGUCCACUAUACUAUGGGUUAAAAAUGGCGGUUGCAUUUCGGGUGCCAUUAUUGACAACUAGACAUUAGCUAACCAACAUUCGUUUUCAUACACAAAGAUUCCGCCUGGGAAAAUAAAGUGAUUUAAAACAAAAGAUUCGUCGUCAAUUUUUAUACGUCGGCUCCAUCGGAAGUCUUGAGUAAUUUUUUAUUGUAUGCAUGACAAAAAAUCUUGACUGGUCGCUGAGAGUUUUUUCAACGAGGAAACAUCGUCCUUCAAUUUUCGAAGUUUUGGCAAUUCAUUUUGAAAUACAGUUUUUAUCUUUCAUAGACAGAAAGCGAUGGUUUAACUGUGAAACUCUAUCAUUCAAUUUUGCUUUUUCAGCAGCUGAAAACAGCUGAUAUGUACGCGCUCGCCGCCUAAAGUACUGAGCAAUUAAAAACUGAGUCGUACAAUUUUUAAAGUUUGUAAUGGUUUCAUUAUCUGCCAAAGCUAUUUACAAUAUUCAUAUCCAGAUUACAGAAAAUGUUUGUUUAACAGAUAUUGAACAGACAACCAUCUUAAAAAGACAAUUUGAAUGAAUGGCAAGUGGAAAUAUCAGUCUCUCGAUAUAGUUUACACGUUUCUUUAGCUCUGUUAAGUGCGUGUAGUUCGUCAAGCAUACGAUAUUGUGCAAAGUCUAUAAAUAGGACAUAGUUACUGAAAUGUACACUUAAAUAGAACCUGGAACACUCAGUUAAGGUCUUUUUUCCCGCAUAAAUAACAGCAAAAUAUUGUUCUUUCGUUUUCUUAAAAACAUUAAAAACAGGAAAUAAUUGCUGGAAAUUACGGGGUAAAACAAUUUGCGACUAUUAUUUUCAGAGCUUAGCGCCUAAAGAAAGUGAUAUCUUAUUACUUCGAUUGAGGAAAAUUUCAAAGCGCGUUCCUUCGAGGUUCCGGUCCAGCCUUUAAUUUUCAUUAGAGUCUGUCAAAGUUCUUUAAACAAAAUACAUAGCGACGACAUUUCAUUUACACUGCGUAUUGCUUUGUAAAGAGUUCAUUUCAGUUCAAAGCAACCGAAUAUGGAAACAAGCCUUGGUUUGACUUCCAUCAAAGCGCACGUGCUUCUCCUUUUAUUCCCGAAGAUAAUUCAUCCAUUGAUUUCCUUUUUGCUAUUUAGAAAAGAUGAAUAGAUGCUUAGAUAGCUAAUGAAAUCCAUAUGCAAUUUUCAGCCUAGUUUCUUUUUGUGUGCUCCUUGUUUAAGCUUUUUUUUACAUAGCAAGUAAUUGAACAAUAUGUGGGUCCUUUCUUUCUUAUUUUCCAGCGUUUUGAAAGAAACCAAUUUCAUCGUCCUAUGUGUGUCGCUAAUGGACUUGCACUUAAUUGUUUCUUCCACCCAUUUUACUGGGUGAUAAUUAUCUAAUAAAAUUUCGAGGCUUUGUUCAGAUCUGAAUACUCGGAUUUGCAGAACAUUACCCUUGAUUUUUAACCAGCUUUGCAAACUUUUAUUGAAAGGUAAAAGCUUUAAACAAAAGGACUGUCUUAUUUAUAUAUAAAUUAACUUUAAAAAGGUUGUAGUGAUUAUCUCACACGAAGAUCACCGAAUUUCUUUUCAUGUUAUUAUCCGGGUGUUAUCACUUUGAACAAAACAUUAACCAGAAGGCGGGUCUUUCCCCUUUGAACACCUUAAAAUAUUCUUUGUUCUGCAUAAUAACUAUUGGAUUCACUUAAAAUAUUUUCUUUUAAAGUUGUAAACAUUGCGCUAAAAUUACUAACGUUCACCGCAGAGUGUGUUUUAAAAAGGCACUUGGCACGAGCCGGCCUAUGACACGUGCUAUUCGCGCGCGCAAAUUGCUUCAAUGUUAUUGGUGAACAGGCGAGGACAAUACGAAUUGGAUUAUCAUUAAGAGAAAUCGUUAGCGUUAUAAGAAAAAUCGCGCUAGUCUACCCACUGUUCUACUCUGCGCGAAGGACGAAGCAGUGGCACGAUCGACAUGUCGUUAAAUCGCGGAUCCUCGCGAAGAAGUCAUAGCUUGGAAAACUGGCGAGAUUUUGGUGGCAGUUUGCCGUUAUUUGAUCAAAAUAACUGGCGGCAACGCGGGCUGUACGAAGAUUUAUCUAACGCCACUAAGUGUGGGAUAUCGCAGGUUGGUUUAGUUCUCUUAACUGUACGCUCAUUGAGCAAUGUUCAAAUGACAUCCAUUUCCACUAGUUCGUAUUUGCAUGCAUUGAAACGCUGAAAAUUCUUACCUAUGCUGAUCAAUUAUUGUUAAGCUUGAACUCAGCAAAAAAGAAUAGGAAGGCUAUAAAAUGCGACAACUUUAAAUUUAAGAGAUAUGGCUAAUAACUGAAUAUCAUUACGCCCGGUGAAUUACAUAAAACUGACUUUGCCUGCACUUAGUGUACAAAACCAUUGUACUCAAACUUAAAUCAAAUUAGCACCCUUAGCCUUCAAUUUAUUGCCCUUUAAACACUGGUUCGAAUGGCUUCAACUGUCAAAGCACAUGUCUUAGAAUGAUAGAUGAUGUGGUGUUAAGGAUUUAUAUAUAUAUACAAAAAAAAAAAAUUCAGUGGAGUACUGUAAAUUCUGGUUUUUCUAGGUCUGGAAGGGGAAUUCAUAGUGGCAAAUGAACAAAAUCAAUGAUUGUCUUUUAGCUUCGCUUAAAUAGGAGCCAGCGAGAGUCUAUAAAAUACAUCAAUAGGUGAUAUCCAUUUUACUUAGUCUAUAGUUGAAACUUUCAAGGAAGUAUACUUCAAAUACAUUAAGCAAGUAGUUCAUUUUUUCGGUUUCCUUAGUAAAAAUGUACAUAUUAAUCAAGUUUUCGCGCGCAGUUUUCUUCGACUACUAUGUUUGUCUUUACAGAAGGAACUUCCCAGAAAAAUCAAUUGCAUUUUCGUUCUCGAUUUUAUUUCGUUUGUUUUCUUGUCUGCUUCUCUGUGCUCAAAUACAAGGGAAAAUGGAGAGCUAACUCGUUGCGUGAGAAAACAGAAUUACAUAUUCAGCUCACUUAACGUUGUUUCGGAACUUCGCAGUCGUUAUUUACAAUGUAGACAUGUUCGGAGCAUGCAAACGCAGUAGGACAUUACUUAUAUCAAAAGUUAUGACUUCCUUUUUGGCGACAAUUUCGGCGUCGACCUUGCCCAAAAUUAAGGCACAAAAGACAACUGAAACGAGUUUUUGGCAGAUCAUUUCUUGAGAAAACAGGUUUAUUUUUGCUGACUUAAGCGUCUUCUAAGCAAAUGUUUAGGCUUUCUAACGCAGGUUAAAAUGCGUAGUGCUUUAUAGUUAUUGUACAUCGCCACAUGUAUAGAUCGGUCUCGAUAUAUUAUCAUAUUUUAGACAAAAACGGCGUUGCUGGAUAUCGGCGCCGUAUUGUCGGCCCGGUCAAGAUAAUAACCCAUAUCUGAAUGGAAAAGUGCAUGUUGGGCAUAUUUCAGGUUCUUUGUGAACGCUAACCAUCUCAUCAUGUUUGUGUUGUAGCUAGACAAUGCAGGCGUCACAAGUCUUCGGCUAUAGUUACCCAUAAAGACCUCCUAUAGUUAAAGAUUAAGUGUUUUGAUAAUACAGUCAUUCGUCCCAGAUACAGGGUUUUCCUGAGUCACAGUAAAACCUAAUUUGCGGUUUCUUUGUAUGAAGAUUUGAGGCUUUCCGGAGUAAUUUUUCCAGAGUUAUGGUUGAAGUGAGUUUGAUCAGCAGAAACAUUUUUCUUGCAAUAUUAUCUAGCGUUUGGUGAAGACAGGUGCAUAAAAUCAAAAACUGACCAGAGUUAUUCGAAAUCACUGACAUUCUCGUAGAGAAAUGAUUGUUCUAUGGAAAAUGGAACAGAACGCAAUAUCGUGAUCGGUCGAACCGCAAAAACUGACAUUUUGACCUCCUUUUUAUCGUUUUUUAACAGGUGUGGUUUACUAAAGCGCCGCUUCUUCGUUCCGUUGCUUACAUCCGAAGUUGUAAACACACAAUAUGUUAAUAAAACAGAUAACUACAACUUAUUCCAUGUGAUCGAAAAGAACUUUCAUUGUUUAUCUUGGUUUAGAGACAGCCUAAGUCAAUACGUAACUUAUUUCACGGUGACAAAGGUACACACCUAUCUCGUUGAUAUAACUCACUUUAUUAUUCAAUAAAUUCAAUCACUUAAUAGCUUUUUAUUCCAUCAGACUAAUUGCUGUUAAUUAGAAAUCAUCCCUGACGUUUUUCAUUUUCCUGUUCUUUGUGUUUCUCCCUAAACCUUCUGUUGUUUCGCAUGACAUUUCAAUUUUAGUCUCGACACGCUAAACAUCCCUACAACUAUGCAAAAUAAUACUAGAAGAUUGCCUUUUUGGCGAGAAACAAAUUAGGGCAAAAUCCUCUAGCCCUUUCCGUUCUUCAGAAAAGUUCAUUGAAAACCUAGGGAGAAAAAAGCUAGAGUUAUUCCUAGGUGUCUUAAAACUCAAAAAUAACUCCUUCGCUCGAAGUCCGAGCUACCCAUAGUGAAAAAUUAUAUUUAGCUGCCAUCCUUUAGAGUUUGCGGUGUGGAAGAAAUCUUAUAAAGCGUGACCAUUCGAUUGAAGUAUCUUUUAAAGCAACACUUUCGUGUGGUUGUUUCUAUUAUUUUCGAAUUGUACAAAAAUACAAUGUAGGCCCUUUUUCUAUCAUGUUCUCGUUUUUAUUCCUCUAACAAGAGUCCAUAACUCUGCUUAUUUAAUGUAUUCUCUUCAAGUACUUUGUCCCAAGAGGAACGUAUUUCUGUUUCUAAUUUGCUUUGGCUCUAGAAUCUCACUGACCUUACUUAUGAACGCAGUUUGCAUUAAUUAAGUAGGUAAUCGAUCUUACAAAUGGUGGGCGUAUGAAGCAGUCAGCACGCCACGUGUUUAAAGUACUGUUAUCAGUUAUUAUGUCGGUUAAUCCCUCGAAGGUUUAGAUAAUCAUCUAUAUUUACGUUCGUAUUAUUCAUUUUGAAAAAUAAACAAAAUUUAACGCUGGGUAAACUUCAUUUAUUCCUUUAAAAAUCAUGUUGUGUCUGACUUCGAAACCUUGGUUGAAACUGAAACAUUUUCACGCGAUUCACAAGGCCGUAAUAUUAAUUUUGCUGCUUAUCUAGGCUUUCAAAGUGACAAGUCUAUUUAAAUUAGGCGAACAGCAAGCAAUUUAAGAGAUGUGGAAUGCAACUCUUUAAGUUAUUAUUUAUUUAUGCUGUCGUUAAAAGCAAAUUUUUUAGGCAAACAACAAGAUCCACCAAAAAAAACUCAAUUUCAGAAUUUUCUUCAUUUCGGAAUAGAGUUAUUUUCUGCAAAAUUCAUCGCCAAAAAGAUAUUCUACAGUUGUUGCCAUAACUUGUUUUCACAACUGCUACUUUCAACUUAAUUUCGUUUGGUAGUUAAUAAUACUGAAACCGUUGCUAUUCUUGGCUAUUCCUAUAGUUGCAAAACCAAAUUUUGGAUUUUUUUUUCCGUGUCUUUCAAGACAUUAAAAUGUACACGUUAAUUGAAUGCCCGAAGUGAUAAAAGGUGCCGACUUUUACGGUAGAUUGGCAGGUAUUUGUUAGUUGAAAUUCUUGUUCAAUUUUAUAAAAAUUUGUCCUUUGUUUAAUCUGAAUAGUUCACUUUACAUGACAAAGAAGAACUAUUCAUUUUAAACUCUCUCAGAUCUGUUAAUUAUAGAUUCUCGUAAAUGAUAUGCUGUGAACGCGAGUUUCCUUUGUACUAGAGAUACGUGAUUUGGAAGAAGCGUGUAAUAGGUUGCUAAUCCUUCUCGAUCAGACACUCAGAUUAUGAGUAUAAGAUUUACAGACAAAAUAUCCUCGUACAAGACCUCGACAAAGACUGUGGUAAUUGGUGAUGGAAGGCCAUCAUUUGUGCACCAUUCCAGAGAUGUUGGUCGAUUCAGUCGACGCAAAGGUAAAUGAGCAGUUGAAUGAGAUUCUUAGAUAUGAUUCGAUCUAAAAUUUGAGCGACGUCCCCUCUUUUUUGCUUUUCCGGGUCUGCGUUGCGUUGAGAGACUGAUAGUCAUCUUUUGGCCAGAGAGCUAAAGCAUUGUCGAUGUUUUGUCUCGUCAGCAAAUUAAACUCGCCCUGUCUUUGUCUGAUACAAUAACGAAAUCUGAAAGACUCGGGGACGCGUAAGGAGAACGUUAACAAGUCCCGAGGGGGUAUUCCCGGGAAUAUUUGGUGGGGGUGUGCCUCCCGGUUCUCUAAAUCCUUACCCCAUUUCACACCUAAAAAUGUAAAUUUCCACACUCGUUUUCAGACCCAGCCUCUUAACUCUAAGCCCGUUUUCAAUCCUUGUAUAGGUAGAAAUUAAGUCAUCAUCUUUAGACGAACUCAAACAAAAGAAUUCCCAUAUUACUCUUUCUUUCUGAUUCAUUUGGAAUUGAAACGACAAAUACGUUCAUACACGCCCGUAGUUCCCUCGAAAAGCAGACCCGAUUCCAGAUCAAAAUGGUCAAAAUCUGUACCCGUUUUCAGACCAAAACGGCGCAAAAACCAUACCCUUUGGGGCUGCAUGUACUUAUAUGGCUAAUAUAAGGGAGUACCCCACGGUACCAGCGCCGUAGCUAGUAUGAGGCCAACCGAGGCACUCGCCUCGGUAAAAUUUUGACGAAUUUCGCCGAUCAUUUUUAUUUUACGUAAGCGAUCAUCGGAUAUUUUUAACGCAUCAUGAUAUUACAAAGAAUUCAGCAAUUCAGUCAAUAUACUAUGAAAAAAUUACCAUAUCAUCGAUCUCAAGGGGCUACGUACGUUAACUCAAAUUUUUUUUGAACAAAUACUGAUCAAAACCAUUGGCGAGGUUAACGGUCACCCAGAUUAUGUAGCUUGUUUCUGAUUAUUGCUUUUUAAAUUCCACUUAAAUUAACUCGAAAAAAAGUUACCGAAAGGCCCAGAAAACGCUGCAAAUCGCAUUUCCGAGAGAGUAAAGUUCAAAAUUUCUCGGGGGGGGGGGGGCAUGCCUCCGAACCCCCCUAGCAACUCCAGCCUGCCUCGGUUGGCCGUUUGGUCUGGCUACGGCACUGGGUGCAAGUCACUGAUGUUUCCAACCACAACUUCUGUUUGAUUAAGAAAAAAAGGCGCGAGAUUUUUAGCCAGUCACCAUGAUAAGUAACGCAACACUAAUUUCUCAGUUUCAGCUCUCAAUCUUUUAAUUAAUAACCGCUUUCAGCUGCGCUUUAACCUAUUCGCCGCCUGGGAAUUUUGCUGAAAAACGCGUUUUAAAGCUAGUCGAAUCGUUUUCUGGUCAUUGUCUUACUAUAAGGAGAUAGAACUUACCAAAAAGCCGUUUACAGGUCGUGCGCUUCGCAGCCUUCCAUUCCAGAUGCAAAAUACUAUCGGCUUCCGAAGUUCGCGCGUGGGUUUUAAAGUGACACAACUGAUGUUGAUUUUUACUUUUCGUAUUUCUUCCUUCCUUCUUCGUUGGCUUUUCUCCCCCACUUUUUUUUCAUUUGCUGGACAUUUACUAGCCCUCGAUCAUUUUGGUGAAAAAAGUCUUCUGAAGAGAUGUCAGGAUCGUAGGGUUAGAUGGAAGUGCAGGCGGGUAGUGGAAAAAGAUUUUCAUCGGAAUUCUCGGUUCAAUUUUAUAUGUUUUUCGCCCUUUUCUCCGGCUUCCUUGCCGGCAUCGUGCUCAUUCUGACAUGAUUUUGAAGAUCUCUUCUUCCAGCACAAGUUAGAUGAUAAAGUUGUCCUUGACCGUUAAAACUGAUGACGUGAUCAGUGCUACAAGGGACGUGGAUCUGCAUGGGCGGUUACGGGUGGUUCAGGGGUGGACAAUAAUUGAUACAAUCAUAGUUAUUAGAGGAGACUGGUUAUGAAAAGCGGCAAACAUCAAUGAUAAAAACAACUGUGCUGCAGUUUAUGUUGGAAGUACCGUGAAAGUGCACAAUCCUUUGUUUUCUGUUGGCAAAUUGUUACGGAAUAAAUUAAUGCAACGUUUUUAUUGGUCAAUACAAUCAAAAUGAUAGGAAUUCUUUUGAACGUUGUGCACUUUCAGGUCCACAAAAACAUAUAACAAAGGAGUCUGACGGGUUUCAUAACCAUUCCACUCAAUUAACUAUGAUACAAUGGACUACUGGUGCUGUACAGUGAGCCAUUCGCCGUCGCUGAUUCAUUGUAGCUAACCUUUGGUUUUGCUUUUAAAAGCAGUAGUUUUUCACUGUCUUAAGAGGUUAAUCGCGGUAAGCAGUAGUUGUGUUCCAGGAAUCCCGAGUUAAAAUUAGUGUUUAAAACAUUACAGUGAGAUAAAGUGACUGCAUUUGACCCACGGCCAAGAUUUUUGAAGCAGCACUUUAAAAGUUCACUUAGAUUAUUGGACUGUUGGUAAGUAUCUUAGAAACAAGUGGUUGCCCCCUCGAAAGAGGAAGAUAGAAGGCAUUAGAUACUUAACUAGGAUUUAGUCAAAGUUUGUAGAAUGUCAGGGAAUCUCACCAUCAAGUUUCCUUGUGAAGACUUUCUAAUUGUCUCUAAUGAAUUCUCAGGGACGAGUUCGGCUUGUGCAAAUAUAUUAACUACCUAAAGGCAGAGUUAAAACGCGUGUUAUUUCCAAAUACGCAGUUUAACAGAAUUGCCUGAGGUCUGUUUGGAGAGCUUACGAAGAGAGGCAUUAAUUGUGUGUAAUCACGUUGUACGUUUUAUCCCCUGUUCUAAACCACUUACCUCCCUGAAGUCUGGGGUCUUAACCCUUUCACGCUUGAAUUAGGAAAAAAAAAAUGCUGGAGAGGUUUCAUUUGAAAAGUCACUCCAUAAGAUUUCAUUCACAGACUCACAAAUUAGAACUACCUAGUGCAGUAUGAUAAACAGUGCCACAAGGAAGUACCACGUAGUAGCUUUUAUUUGAGUGAUCACCGUCGUCCACGAACUCAAAAGUAAGAAUUGCGUGUGUGUCCAUAAUUUGGAGACUUUUGAAGUGAAAGCUUUCUGGAAAUUACUUAAGCAUUAGCAUCUAAUGAUGAAUUACUAAAUUGGAAAUGGUUUUAAUUCAUUGCUGUCUCAUCCUGAAGCAUGCUUAAACGUCGCGUUAAUUACCACGAGCUAUUUACAAAAGAGCGAACUCAUUUUAACGCUCAAGACCGUUUUCGAAAUUCACGUGAUUGGUCGCGACAAAUGAACUUUUUUUAAUUGCUCCCCUAGGCUAUAAACGUUGUUUUCUCGUUGUUUCUUGACAACACAACAGUGUUUGAUUGCUUUAUUCUUUCGUGUGCGUUAUUAAUACUACCGUAAGUAGGUCGUGAAAGGUUUUUGUGUUCAUCAAGUGUUUUCGUAUCGAUGCCCCUCCCUUGAUUAAAUUAAAAUAAUGACGAGACCAAGCGUUUAAUUCGUUUUUGGCAUAAAUAGCGGUUAAACGUGCUUAUGUUACAAGGACACUUCAGUUGUUGUUUUUACAUACACUUGGUGCUUAGCUGCCUUUUUCGUGUGCACGAGUUUAUGCCAAGUAAGAAAGGAACACGAUUGCGCUCUUUUCACAAGAUAGGUCUUUGGUCGUACUGCGGACUAAUCAAAUAACAGUCACCGAAACUACAUCCAGGUUUGCCUCAAGCCAAGGUAAUACUCGACAGUUCCAUCCCUAUCCAGGGUUCGUGACUUUAACUUUUUGGCUUUGAGUGCCUCGGUACCACUCAUGUUCAGUUUCCGGGAUUCUUUUAUUUUCUCUGUACAAGAUAGCUUUGUCGUCAAACACAGUCUUUGUAGGAGAUUGUAAGGUUUGACUCAGACUACAGAACCAACAGCACUCGCUAUAGCCAUAUCAUCAACAUGCAUUUUCUCUACACCGUUAUCAACAUGUUUCUCACUAUAAUGACUAUGAGAAUAUCUUAUGUGAAGGUCUAGAACUUACAUUACCUUUGUGGUGAUCGUAGUUUUGUAAUAGUCUCAUAACCCUGUAAAAAAAGAUAAAAUAAAAGAAAAAGGGUUUUUUUUAGCUUAAUUUAAUACCUAGUUUAUAGGUGAAAUAGGAAGCAGAUUUUCACUACCGUAGAAAUUGACAUUGGCCUCCUGUCUUUGUUUCUCUUGAAUUUUGGGCCAAUUAAAAUGGAAAGGUUAUAGUUGGUUCCACGCGAGUUCGUUAAACUCGUAAACGUACCAGGACCAAAAUGUUUACAGCGAUCCGGGCAAUAAUAAUGUUUACUGGAGAUCCGUCAACGUUAAGUUAUCCAAUCUGUAUACUGAUCAUACGAUGAUAGUUCAUCCCGUUCACAUGUGGACCGAAACCUUAAGCACUUAAGCUCGCUUACAAACUCAAACAACUUGGUGUAAACACGGCGUAAGAGGUCGAUGAUUAAUUUGCCGUAAGUCGGUUAUUCAUGAGAUUAUAUAUUGCCUGUAAUCCAGUUACCACAGUGGAUUGUACUGGGAGAGUUAUUAUUUUGUAAAUAGGAACGGAAAUACUGCUAUAGAAUCUUAAAAUUAGCUUUGACGGCGGUUUCCCAACGUGAAAUCUUGUAAGUAUAGUUCAUUGUUUUCAAACAAUAGGAUAGGUUGUUGAUUUGAAUAGAAAACACACUCGCUCUGUUUUUUUAGUUAAAGAAGACGAAGAAAAAUAAUUAUCAUUGGCGAUGGGGGGAGCACGCAGUCAGCUAAACAUUAUUACGUAAAACGGUAAAUAGAAUAUAUAAAUAAGUAGUUACUAAGUUUAAAAAAGUUGUGUAAGACUAAAGUUGUGCUAAAGUUGUGUGAAACUGCUAGUGGCUGAGAAGAAAACUAAACCUGGAAAUUAUUUUUAGACGGAAGAAGGUUGAAAAAAAGUCGUGAAUUCUUCAGCAGAUACAGUUGGUUUCUAUUCAAACAUAUCAUUUGCACGAACGAAUUUGCUAUAAACAUCCUUCAGGGGAAUUGUUUCCAUUCUUAAACAUAAAGGGAAAUUUUAGUAUGUACGUCACAUGUAGAUGUCUCGAUAACUAUACAAUUAUACGGGGUGGAGUUGAAACCUCCCACAAUAUCGUAGAUCCUAUACAUAGAAACCCAGACUAUUUAAAAACAUAUACCUGACUAAAAGGCAUCUUGGGGAAACUUAGCGGGUGUUAAAUUAAACAAUUUUUGAACCUUUUCUGCUCGGUUUGCCGUUAAUUGAGCGAAGCAAUUCCUGACAACUUGUCACUGGGUUUAAAAAUGACAUGAUUAAUUUUAGUGACAUCAAUACUCAAAUAAAGUGAGUCAGGCUUUUGAUGGUUAAUGGGGCAUGCAAACGUUGCGUGUUUAAACUUUUCGUGCGUGUCAAAAGGGGUGCUAGGUCAAAAAAAUAUAAACAAAAUACACAGCAUUUUUGUCAACAUUAGUCAUGACUGUGAAUCAAGAGGCGCAGGAUGAGGGAGCAUCUUCUCUUGCAAGUUCAAGACACAGUAGGCGACUUAAAAAAGAGGUAAAAUUGUAGAAAAAAAAUCUCAUGUUUUAUACCUCUUUACGAAAUCUUCUUGCAUUCCAGAUUGUAGCUAGUCAGUUUUUAAGUAAGUUCGAGCUAAAUUUUCAUUUAAUUUGUUUUUUAGGGAAAGUAGCUGGUUUUUGCAUACUAAGAAUUGUUAAAAAUUAUUCAUUUUAAUAUAUUUGUUGAAGAAGAAGGGUACCACAUUUCGUUAUCUUUUGAUGGUCCCGGCUUCACGUCGCUCUAGAAAUUAAAAUUGUCAACUUCAAAUUUUGUUUUUAAUUUCAAAUGAAUAUAACGUUUUGGCAUUUCUCUCAUUUGUACUCCUUGACAAGCAUUGACUGGUUCUUUAUUGCGCAAACAUUCCAACCUUGUUCUGCCAUGUUGCACCCUCACCCACUAUUUCCAACUGUUAACUUAGCCCAAAAAACAACGAGUAUCAAUCUAAUUGUCUAAACCUGUGCGUAUUAAGUCUCAUCUUCUGAGAAAGUUAGGUUUUAAAAAAGUCACACCUUAUUUUAAGGCUACAUGACAUUGUACGAGGAAAGUGUGGGAGGUCUUUUUCGUGAGAACUCACAAUCUUAUCAUCUCCUUGAAUUGUUUUAACAGGGGAUUGCAGACGAGCUUAAGAAUUAAGCUCAAUUUUCUUCUCUAGGAAUGUACAAGUGCUUAACAAAGGAACCGUAUUUUCCCUCGCGUGCUGUAUCACUUAUUUCCGGCUAUUAGUAAUGCUUGCUUGAGGCUUACUAUCGACAUCGUUCAGUUUAAGCCAACUUAUUUUAAUUUGUCACGCGAUGUUUUAGGCGAAAAUAAACGAGGACAGCUUGAAUUACUCACGUACAAGGUACUCGAUAUUGUUUUUGCAAAGGCGAACGUGGAUUCCAUGGUUCGUUAGUAAUUGCACCUACUUUUAAGUCCAUAUUAUCGUCUAAAAUAAAGGAGGACAGCUUACAGUACAUAAACAAGCUUCACAUUGGCGUUAAUAACGUAAACUUGCUUGUUACUAAGUUUGCAAGUAUGCCAACUUUUCACCGAAAUAUGACAUGAGAAAUUGCAAGGGCUAGCAUGCAGGAAAAUAAAGUCAAUAAGUAAUGAUAUGAACAGAGCUUUAAAUACGCAAAUAUACUCGAUUUGCAUUGGUACGUACUUGGAUUUAAUGCUAUGGUAGUUGGUGAUAGAUUACACGAGAACGCAUUUCAUUGAUUUUUUUUUUUUUUCGCAAAGUCACAUUUUGUUCAUGUCAGUAACAUUGAUUCUGAUGCGCAAACUUGUGUUUCUGUAGAGGUCCUCUUCCGUCGCAAUUAAAUUGCUCGCUAGGAUAGUGAGGCUUUUAGGUUUGCAUUUAAAUGAAAGGAAUUUUACGCAAACAUAGCACCCCUGUUGUGAUAGUUCGAUUCCGCUUCAGAAAUAGACGAUGAGUCAUCUCUUUUAUUCUGCUCACCUGAGCAGUUCGCGGUGUCAUUUUCAAAUCACGUAGAAUGUUACUGUCACAUAUUUUUGCGUUAUGUUUUCCGGUAUCCAGGCUCGCUGUUACAGUAAUGUUCAUAGGGGGCAAGUGAUACGUAAAGGCUGCUGGAACGGGUGCUUCAAGCAUUAGAUUUCCUACGUUUCCCCAACCCUUCCCCCCUUAUCCCUUCUCUCGUAUUAAUUUACACAAUUUUGAUCAAGUAUGUUGGCCACUGACUGCAUUGUGUCUUAACUCUGUAAAGUUUAUUUGAAGCUUUUGUUUGUUUAACAUUUUUCAGUCCACUAGCUUUGUGCCAUUAAUACUUUUAAGGGUCAAUAGAUUAUUAUUAUUAUAAUUAUUAUCGUUGUCGUUGUUGUUGUUGAAAUCUUUGUUAUUACAAGUAUUAUCUUCAAGUGGGAACGUCUUAUUUCGUCAUAUUGCUCUUUGCCAAAGUAACGUUCUUGUCCUAACAUUUGUGGCCGUUUUUCCUUCAGGGAUCCCUCGCGGCAAGGAUCUUCGAUCAAAUUCGCAUUCCAGAAACUCAGAUGAAGUCAUGGAAAAACGAUCAGUGUGAAGUCUGCUGCACCGAUCUAACCCAGCUCAAAAGAGAAGCUGUUGCCAUGGUGAAUACUCUGGAAGAAUCCCAAUUCCUCGCUUACUAUAAUAUUCCCGGAUAUGUGGUGGGGCCAAACGCUGACCAGUUAAGUCGACGGGCGGACAAACAGCGCUUGCAAAUGGGCGUUACUAUGGAUACUAGUGACCGAAGUGGGAUAGUUUAUGUGAAGCCAGAUGAAACAGCGAUUGGUUCAUCAUUUUUGUCAAGGUAAGAAUAAAGCUAUUGAAUUCAGAAAACUGUCUUGAACUGGCUUCGUGUUGCUAUGCCACGAAAAAGCACUAAAAUCAUCGCUGAAUAUGUCGAUAAAUCAGUGGAUGUUUUCUUUGAAUAAAGGUCAAUCACUGUCGGAAAGCUAAGACAUAGAGGGAAAAAUACAAAAAAUAGUCCGAAUUUUUCCAAGUUACGAUUAAUACUUACCAUAGCACGGUUCCUCGGGAUAAAUCUUACUCCAAAAUAAGCAACAUAGCUUAACAGUUGGAGUAUUUAAGAUACCUUUCUUACCUUAGAAAUUAAUUAGGUGGAACUGAUUACUCGUACCCUAUACUGUCGUUCACAAUUAAAUAACUGUCGGCCAUGAACUUUAAAAAAAAGUCUUUUUCUAUGACCCUUAUUGUGACAGAUGAAAGGUUAUGACAAGAAUCAUUAUAUCGUAUGUAAAAGAGAAUAAACAGCAUUUCGAGAAUUAUAUGGCUUUAUUAUCCAAGUUCUUCCCCCUUGUCUUUAGAAAAAGGAAGAAUUUAAUGAGGGGUCUUUAAUUAUCAUAAUGAUGAAAAGAUGUAGAUUUGAUAACAGAGGAACAUGUUUUUUCGUGAAAGUAAACAUUUAACACGCCUUAAGUCGGCGAAAAACAAAAGAAAACAAAUAAAGUUGAAUUCUUAGCAAAUGUUUUUAGCUGUAGUGCAUAGCUUGAGCCUGUGAAAUUUCUAUCUUGAGUGAAAUGACACCCUGCCUCAAUAAUCGAAACAAUGAAAGGGUUAAUUUUGAAUAUCUUUCUCGGUAAUUGAGAUAAAACGCCCGUUGUCUAGACUCUGGGCAUUUCCUAAGUUUGAAGUAAACGUUUUCCAUUUCCUGGAAGUUUGAAAAUUGUCUGUUUUUAAAAUAUUAUACAGUGAAAUCCCGUUAAUACCGUCACCAAUGGGCCAAAAAAAUUGGCCGUAUUAACGUGGGCUUUUUUACAAGAAAUUGUAUGUGUAUGUCGGUUUUUACCAAGCGGCCAAAAAAAGUGGCCGUAAGGUGGGGUUUCACUGAAACUAGAAUCCGGGACACAAACUACAGACACGCUCUGUCUAAUAAGUCAACACUGUCAGUCAAGCAUUUUAAACAAUUCAAAAUUUAAAUCUUGAAUGGUGUUGUUGUUUCCCUAUUUUGAGAUUUGACCUGUUCACACCAUAUUUCUUUGAUAUAAUCCAAAAUGAGCUAUUAAGAAAACUGUACUUGAGGAACUAUAAGAAUGCUCUUAAAUGAAUUCUCCUUUAAACCAAUAAAACCUGCCCCUUUCAAGAGAGUCUUUAACAAAGUCAACGAAACAGACAUGGCGCCGCCUACAAAACCCGCCUGCAUUGUUAGUUAGUUAGUUUCUCUUUUUAUUUAUUGGCAAACAAAACGUCAUUUAGUGUUAUUGCUUUCCGCUUUCAUUAUGAGACACUUCGAGUUGUGCUAAAGAGGAAAAUUCACUGUCACUUCGGGUGAAUUUAAGCGUAGCGAAUUCAAUGGCCGGACAAUCCGAACAGAGCGCUGAGCCGCAGAUCGUAUCUGACUCUCAGUACUUAACACCAUGGCAAGCGUUAACAUGGAAACAAGAAUUGGUAAAAGCAACUUCCAGGUAUAUAACUCUCCGUAUUGCAUGUCAUAUCAGUUCCUUAUACGUGCUCGCUUUAAUUUGCAUUCAGUCGCUUGUGAAUAUCAAACGUUCGGCUCUCAUAAAGGCUAGUUUUUUCAUCCUUUAACAAAUUUUGUCUGUUACAAUCUGAGAGCUGUUGGAUGUCGAAGAAAUUAACAUUAGAUAUCACAAGGUUUUAUUCGACGAAAAGUCACGUCAACUUCCCUCUUUAACACAUGAAACACGAGUUACAUAUCGUGAAAUAUUUGCCUUUCUAUCUAUAAAAAACCCGACUACCAUGCCUAAUUUUUAAUCUGUUUCCCAAAGAUUAUAUUCAAGAAACUAACUAACCGCUAAUCAAGUUUUUUUAUUAGCUAAGUCGAAGCUGAAUGAACACAUGUCCACAGGGAAGGUUUCUUUUUCUUUGAAAGUCAAUAUUUGCAUUCUUCCUUCUUCUUCCUGAACUUUUCUUUUCUUCUACCGUCAAAACAAAUCUUAACCGUAAUCCCUUGUAUUUUUUACCUUUGACGUCAAAGUACAUCUGUUUUAAAAUUAUGCGGAAAAAAGGCGAGGUAAAAAAAUUCUGCCACAAAUAUUUCUAACAAUAUCUUUUAUAAUUUUCCUGCUCUGCGUGCGGUCAGAAAAGAAUGUUUUACCGUGCAAUACGAUUGGAUCCCUGAGCUCAUGUCCGCUCUGCUUAACCACAACAUUUACGCGCCAAAACCUUUUCAAAUCAUGUGUUCACCUUAUUAAAAUAAUAUAUAGAUCUAUUAGGCAGGGCUAAACGCGAACCUCCCGUUAAUACGUUGCCACGGUAAUUACAUGGACUCGUCUCUCCUAAAAAAAAAAAAAGAAUUGAACUUGAACCCGCAAUUAAUUUACAGCUAAUAACUGGUCAGCGGAAAACUUCAAAAAAACACGUGAACUAGAUAAGUUGACAUCUGUCAUGUGAUACUUGUCAGCGGAUACUCUGUUUGGAAAACUGUCGAUUAAGCUUAACAUGAAAGUCUAAAAUCAAAAUAGAAUUAAAUUCAAAAUGACUACUGCAAAGACUGAUCAAACAAUCUGAAAAAAACUGGCCAAUACUAAUCUUCAUCACGUUUAUUAGGAAAAACCACGAAUAUUCAGAAUAUAUACCACUGUAUUAUAAUAAACGGAAGUUACAUGGUAUGACGUGGUAAGGUGUGGCUGUUAAGAAAAAUAAAUCGAAAAAAAGAUAAAUAUUACACAAUGAUUAUUGUUCUAACAUCAAGCUAACGCAGGUUGCAGGCUGCCACACUUCUUAGAAAAUGACAUUUCACAUUGGUUGCCCUGUGGUGCGGAGGGACGGACGGUUGGACGGGCGUACGGUCACGUGAUUACCAAAUUUUCUCGGAUGCAUAAAUAACCAAAUUUUAUUACCCAUGGUGCUUCGCGCGCCGAAGAGCUCUGCUGCAAAUAAAAUUAAGGACAAAUGUGUUCUGCCACAUUGACCUCUGAGUCUUUAUCGAUAAUAACCAUGAGUUUUCUUUCAGAGCUGCCCAAAAAUUGAUGUCUUCUAAGAAGAAACACAAAAAAGGACACACGCAAAAGCAAGAGGCCUCCCCACACUACCCCUCACCGUCUGUCGAGUUGAUACCAUCGCGACAUGGACAAAAGGAAGUCCAGCCCUACCCCUUCCCUACUAAGUUCAAGGAAGUACUCCGGGUGUCAAGCCCAGCUGUGCCUCCAGGUCUGCUUAAACUGCACACCAAGAGGACGGAUGGGAAGGUAGGAUUCACGAGCGUUAACGUUUUAACUCCCAAGAAAGCUUAAAGUCAAAUUUUAGCUAAAAUCCCCAAUUUCCAAACCAGGUUGUACAUCAUAAUAAACAGUACCACGGGAAAGGACAGUUCAGUAGCUCUCAUUUGAAUGGUCACACCAUAGGAUUUCAUUCACAGACUCAAAGGUUAGAACCACCUUGUACAGCAUAAUAAACAGUACCACAGGAAAGUACUGCUCAGUAGCUUUCAUUUGAAUGGUCACAUCAUAGGAUUUCAUCCACAGACUCAAAAGUCAUAACCACAUUGUACAACAUAAUAAACAGUACCACAGGAAAGUAUUGCUCAGUAGCUUUCAUUUGAAUAUUUACACCGGCCAUAAAAUUUCAUUCACGGACUUCAAAGUUCGCCAUGGUUCGCAUUUACGUGGUCGUACAGUAGGAUUUUGUUUUAAGAUAUAUUUUUAAAUAAUAGCGCCUUUAUAUUUGUCUCCGUUAUGCUGAUUCUGUUACUAAAAGAUUCACACAGAUCCCUCUAACAGUAUCUUAUUUAUAAUAAAGCUUUGAUGUCAGUUUCCCCGCGUUUUUUAGAUAUGAUCCUUGAAUGGGCCAUUUCCUAGUUGCCUCAAGCCUCUGUUUCAAAGCGAGGCUAAUUGCGAAGCCAUUGAUAUGAAAACGGUUUUUUAUUCUGAUACCAGGAAAACUCAUUGUCACAAGAAAGGUACCUUUUACACUUAGCCUCGUUUAGAAAUCAGAGUUUUUGGAGCUCGGAAAUGGCAUAUCGUGAAUAUAAAGUAAAAUAGAGGGCGCUUACGUUGAACGUCGGCGGUUUUAAUCGUAGGUUAAAGUCAUGCUUCGAAUCGGUCCCUCAUUUCCUGGAGAGACCGGCUCCUUUAUGAAAGUCGACCAGAAAAGAAGACAGGUUACGCUAUACGAUCCUAGCACUGUAGGUCACGUGUCACAGACGCACAGAAAAAUGGGUGUGGCAGCCCCCAAGAUGUUCGCGUUUGACUCAAUUUUCGAGUCGGACUCCACUCAGGUAAGUGAGAAAAAAUUGCAUUGUUUUGUUUUUGGAGUACCUGUUUGACUGAACUUUUGCCCGUUCACAGUUACAGAGAACUCCAGCACUUGAAUUUCUUAUUCGGUUUAAAGAGGCUUUAUUACGGUUUCUCUUAAGUCAAAGAAACUUUGUAUGGCACACAAAACAGUACCUUUGUCUCCAAUGGUAGAACGACCUUGAACAGCGUAAAAACAAGCACAAAAUUAUUGCUCAAUUGCUCUCAUUUAGAUUGACAAACCUUAGGAUUUCAUUCGGCAAAGACUCAAAACUUAGAAUCACCUUGUAAAGCAUAAUAAUCAGCACUCAGUAGCUUAGUUUGAAUUAUCCCACUUAAGAGUUUCAUCCACAUGUUAAAAAGUUAGAACCAUCGUGUUCAUAAGAUUCCAGAUUUACAAACGGUCACAAUAUUACUUUUCUUCAGGUUGAAGUAUGUUCAGGCUCACUAGUGGACGUUCUCCAAGCUGUAGUUGGAGGAUCGGAUGGCUGCCUGUUCUCGUAUGGUCACGCUGGAUUAGGUAAACUUAUACCACGAGUCUUUUGCCACUUCAAAAGCGAGAGGGAAACUAAACAGCGUAAACUUUCGCAAAGACUUCUGGGACCGUUACUAUGGUUACGGAAAAAAAAGCGCGUCCUUAGUAGCGAUCCCAGAAACAACUGCGGGACACAUUUCGGCCCCAGUCCCCUAUCCGCUUUACGAGCAAAAUUUUUAAAAAAUAUUUGAUGUUGUAUUUUUUAGUACUUUGUAUUUAUAAAUACCUAUGAUCGUAACUUUAUUUCGAUCCAUACUUCUCUUAGGAAAAACCAACACAAUGAUUGGCCGAGAUGAAAAGGAACAAACUUUAGGUUUGAUUCCCUGCGCGUUGUCGUGGCUGUUCAGACUAAUAAGCGACCAGAAACAAAAGUAAGAGAAAAGUAAACUUCUUUUCAGUUGUGGCUUAACCAGUUAUAUUCGAUAUUGAUUGAUGUUAUUUUGCUUUCUUCUUGAUUGAUUUUAGAACGGGGACGAAAUUUUCCGUUCGGGUAUCAGCAGUCGAGAUCGUUGGCCGAUCGGAAACCGUUCGGGAUCUACUCUCCGAACAAGCCACAGGUAAUGACUGUAAAAAAAACCACAGCUCAGUUUAAAACCUGAAGCUUAACACCCCAAGAAAAUGUAACCAAAGAUUAAACUUCAAUAAGGGAUAAAAUCGUAAAUGAUUUUAUUUCUUAAUAAUAAUGAGUCGAUAAACAUCAGUAUUAUUAAGUAGGUUCUUAUGAAAAUAUGGUAAAAACAAAGUAGGGUGAUAACUUGAAAAUUUUGUUUCUUUACUUUAAGGUUAAGUUUAUAGGAAAAAAAGCUAAUUCCUCUCACUUUUUUGUGUGUUUGUGUUCAAAGGGAUAGAAAACGGCAUCGGGGAUCCAAGCCCUAGCGUGUUUCUAAAAGAAGACCGUAUUGGUGGAGCGCAGGUAAACAAUUUUUUUGUUACUUUAACCCCUUUAAGGCCUCUUAUCCUCAUACAAUCUCUCACGACUGUUCUCCAUUUCCUUGCAGAAUUAGUUGAGAGAAUUUGAUAAAGAUCAAAGCAUUUUCUAUUGGUGGUCAAUCAAUUAAUUCUCAUGACUUUUUUCUCUUGUUCAUGUAUUGAUAUUGUAAGAAGAGAAUUCAUUUUAGUCACCCUUGAAACUUAAAAGGUUCAACUCCCGCAAGACUGGUUUAAGACACCAAUAUGGCCGCGGUUAUAUCGUUUUAGGACACCAAAACGCAACAGGACGACAGAAAAAACAAGACGGCAAAACGCUUGUGUGUGACAAAAGUGACAGGCCUAUUACUUAUGUGUUUUCUGGUGAUCUUCACUUAAGUAAUUGUUGUUUAAAGGAGGGUGAAGUUCGGCGGGAAAGUUUUUCAAAUUAUUGUCACGCUUGUCACACAAGGUUUGCCGUCUUCUUUCCUCUCUCAUCCUGUUGCGUAAGCUCACAAAUAUGGCCGCCGUGACGUCAUGUGAAAAGGUUCUAAUGGAAAGUGCCUAUGACAUGCGCAACCAGCUUCAAUCCUGUAUAGUAUCAAACUUCUCUUGUUCUCUUGUAAUUAAAAAGACAAGUAAAAUUUAGUAGGAAUCUGCCGUGACGAUUCUUAAUCCCGAGAUUGAAGAAUCUAAUCACUGAGAAUGCUUGGCGUCUUUGUAAUGGACACGAUUUUUGUCUAAUUUCAGGAGAUCAAUCCCACGGAGCUUCGCGCAGCUACUGCUGAGAAGGCAGCGUACUAUCUUGACGCCGCUGUUUCUUCAAGAACAAAACCGCUGACCAACCAGACUGAAGGUACGGGGCUUAUGUUUCGUUUUGUCUGCUACACAUUUGCGGAAAUCGAAGAACAAGCAGUUUAAUAACUGAUUUUUUUUCUGGUUCUCUUUUUUUCUUUCAGAAAACAACGAUUGGGAAGAAAAAAUGAACUCUCACAUGUUCUUUACAGUUCAUAUCUAUCAAUACCGCGUGGACAAAAACUCCAAAAAUGCUGGCGGAGGUAAGAAAAUUUAUGAUACUCGUUCUCGUGUAAAUUUUGCUAUUUACUGUAAAUGAUCUUCAUGACAAGCUUCGACCUCCUUCAAUACAGACACGUUAUCUCGUUCACGCAGUUUUACGUUUCUCUUGAACCAGUGUUUUGUUUUUUCUCGCCAGUCCACGGAGGCCGUUCUCGGUUACAUCUGAUCGAUCUCGCCAGCUGCGAGGGGUACACUGGGUCCAAGAAAGAUGGAGGAGCCAGCAGCAUGUCCUUGUCUGGACUCGGAAACGUGAUCAUUUCCCUGAUAAAUGGCGCCAAACACGUGCCACACAGGUGUGUGUCACUGAAGUAAAAAGCCUGAGUCGUGGGCGCCGGUUAAUUUUUAUAGAGCGCGCGAGAGUAACACGCAACAACAACAAUACAGUACAUGCCUCUCCUUUUCGCCCCUCCUUUGCGCGUGCGCGUUCUCGAUAUUUCUCCUUUCGUCGUAAAUGACAAGCAAAUAUCACGACAGCGCAUGGUAAGAAUAAAGCAGACUAAAGUGAACUACAAAACAAAGUCUUCAUGUAGUUAUAUUUGCACGAGAAAAGGCUGGACUGACUUUUUUCUAAAAAUUAGAAUAAUAUAACGCAGAAGAGGAAAAGGACUCUCGCAGAUCAAAAAUUGGGGUGACGUAAAUUUUACGUGUCGAUUUAAAUUGACAAAGUUCAGUUUAGUUUAGAAACACCAUUGUAAACAAGUUGCAAGAGAAAAUCCAACUUAUUUGCAGAAAAGUCGGUUAUUUAUCUAUUUAUUGAUUGAUUGAUUGAUUUCCUCAACAGAACAAGUAAAAUAACACGCAUGCUCCAAGAGUCAAUUGGAAAUAUGUCAUGUCGUACAACGAUGAUUGCGCAUGUCUCACCUUCGCUUCCAUUCUACUCUGAAACCCUGUCCACUGUCCAGCUUGCUAGCAGGCUCCACCGCCUCCGCAAACGAAAGGGAAAGGUAAGCAAGCGAUUGUCAUAUCGUCAUUUAUUUUUGAAGCCUGGCUAGUCCCAGACUUCCUCUUUAAAAUAAAGGAAAUCGCACAAAAGGUACACGCUAAUAUCGAACGAAAUUUAUCAUCCGGAAGUCGGAGUUGUCAUAUAGCAGAUACACUGGGCCACUGAGUUUCAGUAUGGAAAUAUUAAACGUCUGUACUGUGGUCUCCGACUUUUCUUCGAGACCAUAUUGAUCAUUACUAAAGAGAAUUCCGCUAUUCCCUACGAGCCCCGACAGGUGACGUAAUCUAAGACUUUUGAUCCGGGAUCAUUUUCUGAACAAUCAAAUCACCUAUAGCCACUAAUAAUAUCUCUGCAAUUUUGUUUUGUUUAUAGAGGGAAUUGUCCUGCUAUUUGUACUUGUUAUAAUUAAUUUUUGUGGUCUCUUUGACGACCGCCCUUUGUACCCAAGAUACAAUGAGAAGGCUUAUUGGGUUAGCUGCUCAAAUAUGUUUUCAUUCCUUUGAUUUUGUUAUAACUCCACGCAUGGCGCACUCUAUUCAUUUGAACAUACCUCCCUUGGGCCAGCCUCAUGCGAAUUGCAUUUCCACACACGCGAGCCAUUUAUCUUUGCGCCAAAGUACGUCUUGCAAUUCGCGGACGGGUUUGGAAUUAAUCGCGCAGUUUCUGUGCGAAAGGGAAUUGGUAAGUGCCGAUAUCUUUUGCAAUAUUUGUGCGCAGACUUGCGAGAUAUCAUUCCUUGUACUGAAUAUUAGCUAGGAAACUUUACUGCCUCGCUGAAUACUUAGUAUUUUAGGCAAGGCCACUGUUUCAAUAGUACUCUUUCCAAUAUUUUAUAAAUUUGACUCGUCAAGUAAACCAUACGCGCAUUCAUCAAAAUCAGUGUAUUAUACUUGAAGAAUCUUUAAAGUUUACCAUCUUCAUGGAUCUGCCUCCGAAAUAUGCGAAAAUGUCUCUUACUUUUUGUUUUAUUUCAUAAAAAAGUACAGUAUGCGAAUGUUCUGCCAUGGAGGGCUCAGUAAUUUGAAUGAUUUCAUCAUUAGAUUUCGUCCACACAACUUAGUUUACCGUGGUAUAUUUUCUCUGUUAUACACUUGAAUUAUAUAUAUAACUAUUAUCCGACUUCCCGUGGCAUAUAGCUACAUGAUUCAUGUCUAAAUCUGUGUUCUGCGAGAAUUAUGGUUUAUCGAUUCUGUAACUAAAAGAGCAAGACAAAUUGGCUCUAGCAUUUUUAAUUCAUUGAAUAGUUUAUACACAUUUGGGUAACGAAGAAAGAGAAAAACAAUUAAUAAAGUUAAAAUUGCUCGAAUAUUUUUCGGAGAUCUAGCUCAGCGCAGAAAUGUGGCUUUGUUAACACAGAAAUCGCCUUCGUAACGUUGAGUAAAGGGCAAACUAUAACGCUGAAGAACUGUCUAUUUUUGUUACACUGAAGUUAGUUGCCAGCUCUGCGAUAUUGUGGUCUUGGGAACUAUACGUCGCGAGUGAGUACCAGGACGUUCUCAAGCAAGUUAUUUUGAAUAAGUAUUUUUGAACAGUCUGGACUCGGCAAGAAUGACAAGGGAACAAAAUAAUUUUUGUACUGGCUUUUGUUUUUUAGACAUAUUUGAUCCCUGUCGAGGCAUACUACCAAUUACAAUGAAAUGCUGUAAAAAAUUAUUGCACAAAAAUCACACUGCUUCGAGCUAGAUAGUUCAAGCACUUUUCAGUUUUCACUUGGUGUCAGAACGAAUGUGCAUUACUGUCCUUGCUAAGAGCUAAAAAUCAUCAACACAUGCUAAAACUUCAAGCUUGUAAUUAAGAUUUACACUUUUCAAUUGAUUUGAUAUCCCGUAGAGCAAGUUAAAAGUAUGUACUAUAAACAAUCAUUUGUAAUUCAAUUUGAGCAGAAUGUUAGUGAAUUUCACUUUUAGCCACUAACGAAACAAACCAGCCCCUUCAAAUGUACUAACUCUACAGCGAUUAUGCUUGACAUUUGAUUGUUUUGAUAGUUUUUGCCACUGCAUCCAUGUUUGAUAUAUUUUCCUGGCCUCAGCCCUGGGGCAAUAUUCUUAUCGCCCUGUAUGAGUUUUUAAGCCUCGAUGUUUGCCAAUUUUGACAAAGAUGCCCUCUCGUGCUGUGAAGAAUUUAGGUUAUAAAUCAUUUAACUCUGUCGUUUAUCUGGAAGUGUCUUUUUAAACGAUUGUUUUAUCUGCAGACAAAAGUAGUAAUUAUGAUUUCUGUACCACUAACCGCAGAAAAUAAGAGAUAUGCAAGUGGUGUAAAUGUCUUUUUCCAAAUGUAGAAAAUUGUUAAUACUUUUAAUGCCUACAUCAUCCAAUAUAAUACUUGCGGUGUAAGGAUGUUUAUAAUUCACCCUCAGUUCUGUGAUUAUUCCUAUAUUAACAAAACUAAUACAACUCAGUGUCUUUUUGGAAAGGAUUAACGUGUUUAACAUAUAACAAUACGAUAUAAUCCUCGAAGAGGCAGUGAGACACUUCAAUUUGAAAGGGUCAGUAUUAUCAAGCGCUUAUUAAAUCUUGACCAUAUUAGCUCAAUAGGUUAAGGCAAUUUGAAUGUGUGCUUUGAUAAGAAGUGCUCGACUGUACUUGAUUUUUCCCUACCUUGAGUAUUUUUUAAUGACAUCCUAGGCAUUUUAAUGACUAAUUCCAUCAUUUUUCAGGGAUCUAGCACAAGUUCCUCCGGGGGUGAAAGUUCCUGCGACGAGUCCCGAAUUCGGAAGCCAAGACUUCGAACAGCCGAGCCAAGACUACGAACCACAGCACUGAACGAGAAGCUGCGCGAAGAUUGUCCAAUCGAUGAACCUGGUAGUUCCGACUACAACUCCAGCACUGGCGAAGAAUCCUGCGAUACAGUGAUAUACGUGGGUCCUGACGGGGCCAUAAGUGACCGGGAGCUCACAGAUAACGAGGGGCCGCCCACUAGGCUCCCUCUCAAGAACUCUAGGGUGUCCAGCAGUACACAGUCCCUUGUGAGGAAACUAGAGUCCAUUGAAAACGAGGAAGUGGACGACAAGGAAGAAAGUGAAGAGAUAAAACGUGAGGUGGAAGGCAGCGAGGACAGUGGAGGCCUCGUCAAAGAAAACAUUAGAAAAGAAUUUUCCAAACGUGAAGAAGGAGAGGGCGAAAGCAGCGAAUAUUACACCGAAGAAUCGUGUUACGAGACUGAAAUAGAAAUUCCCCCGGAAAAUCCAACGGCAAGUCGGAAAAGACUUCAUGAUAAAAAAGUUAGCCCGACAAACAGUAUUGAAAGAACACGAGAAGACGCGAAAAGAACUAGGACAUAUCUUAGCGACUCUGAACAAAAGGAACUUUAUGAACCCCCAGCUUCCGAGCUAAAUACCUUGAUUCUGCCAUCCAAGUUUGGGUCAAACCUUGACCUUGAUGAAACUAUGAAUUCUCAACACACAACUGUAGUUAUUCCUGUCCAGUCUUUCCCAGGCGAGGAGGCCAAGCUGCGCACGCGUGUAAUGAGCCCAGAGACCUCAAGUGAGUCUUCAGACGCUGAGAGUAUAGUAAUGGCCAAGGUGCCGUCAUUUUCGUUUCUCACUUGCGAGGCUAUAAAUGACUUUCCCACGGACUCUAUCUCAAUGGAAUCUCUGAACAUGGAGCAGGACUUGCACGAUUACGAAUUGUCACGCCAUAACGGUAACCCCGCUGCUGAGCACAAUGGUAACGCAAUCGAAGCUGGAGAUUCGCUCAAUUCUGAACUUGAUUUCUUGGAUUAUGAAGUAUCGCAGCACUACGAAAAUAGACAAAGUCACGUGAGUGGUAAGACAACCGAGGAGCUGAUCAAAAACUGCCAGCCACCCUCACCGAUGUCAGAAUCCGGAGAAUUAUGCUACGUCGUCGAAGAAACUCGAGAGACAAGCUCGGAAGAAUUAUCAUACGAUGAUUCUGAGAUUGCGUGGGGUAAAAAGAACGCGGACGAUGCAAUCAUUGCCGAAGCUUUUUGCGAAGAGGAAAAAGAAAUGGAAGAAGAUGAUUCCGAGAGAAAUUUCACCGGAAAUGAGACGGAUGUUCUAUUUCCGGAGCUGGAGGAGCGCUUGCAGGAUGUCGACGCAUGCGCGUCUCCUGAGACUGCAGCCGGGGAAAUGGUCCAGCAUAAACCGGGUCACCGUCAAGGUUCAGACGAUAGCGCCACGGAUUCUGAUACCGACGUAACGCACAGUUACACGUUUGAAACGCCAAUGAAAACGUUCUAUCGUCUCGUUCCUUCUCCCCAGUCGUCAUCUACGGAGGAUGAACUCGAGGACAUUCACGUAUUGAAACCGUUUCACAGUAAAGUUUUGUCUCCAAUACCUGAGUUUCCGUCAGUCGAGUCUAACCUGAACAGAACGUCUGCUGACUCACAAAACGGUAGCAAUAACCGCGCCAGCUGCAGUUACAGCAUCGUUAGCGUUGAAAUUGAUGAUGGAAACACAACUGUUCGUCUUGAAGGAGACAAAGAGAAUAUUCCCAUGGGAAAUAUUUCAGUCAACAACAACAAGGGAGACUUACGCUCACUUCUUCAAAAAUUCGUCGCUGAGCAACUGAGAGAAUGCGAGGGCGAAAAGUUCUCAUCACGGUAUGUUCGACCAGCCGCUCGACAUCCGGAGAAUCGCCGACCACGUCCGAGGUCCAACCGACCACCUGUUCCCCUGUCUUCGUAUGACACAUCAAAUAGUGACACUUUGUUACCGCCUCUGGUACCACAAAAGCGCACGUGUACAGAGACUGCUAGGCUCAUCUCCAGUCCUAAACUUCGGUUUCGCGGUGAGAGAGACUAUGACAGUGACACUGCGCCGUGCGCUGGCAAAACUCAAGAUGAGGAUUGGUCGAGUGAUAGCUCUAUGACGGCUAAGACAGAGCCCUGGUGUACGCCAAGCCGAAGGGUCGUAAGAUCGCGUUUUGCAUCAACGCCAAGACUUUCGUCGCUUGCGGUGGGCAAUAUGAAAACCAGCGUUACGUUUCUGGGAAGUGAGGAUGAGAAUAACAAUUAUUAUGGAGCCAGUAGUCUGGAAAAAAAGUGCGUUAUAGAGGGUGAGGACAUGUUAGAUUAUUCCUUAGCAAAUCCUGAUGACAGAACAUCGGAUCAUGUUGCAUUUAAGGACAGCAAGAGCUGCAAUGCGCAUUACGUUAAGGCAAAUAAUAGUCCCUCUAAGCGAAGCGACCGCUCAUCCGUUAGUUCUGUGUCCAAUUUUGUGAAGUUGACUUACUGCGGAUCCGAGCUAUCGGACACAGAGUACACAGAGAAAGCUGACAAAGCUUCAAAACAAGAUAAACCAUCCAAGAGAACUUUAUCACCAAUUCCUUCUGCGGCAAUUUCGGUUUCUGUGGAAAGACCGGACAUACAAUACCGUCCGGUUACUCCAGAAACGCCUUACGCUCCGCAGGAAGAGUUUAUCUCCCGUUUUCACGAUCGAAAUUCUCCGCCUAGGAUAGUUUACCGGCUAUCCGGGGAAUUUGUGGCGACGAUUCCCUCCGAUUCUAACGUAGAGAAACCAGAUACUCAAAACGCAGUCACAACAAGCGGACGUUCCAACCGCCAGUACCGCCUCUCUGGGGAGUUCAUAGCAACGUUCACAACAGCUGCUGCCAACACGCAAAGCGCGUCUACGUUGGCGUUGACGUCAUCAAAUACGGACGAGACCUGUCCAAAAUCUGAGAGCACAGAGGUGGUCUGGGUGCAGAAUGAGCCCGUGGUAUCAGCUGGGGAGACGACAGCGGAUGAGAUGUCGGGCCCUGCUACCCCUGUUCCUACAAGGAGUGGAAAGUUUGGAAGAUUCAAAUUUUUCGGGUAAGUAGAUUGAAGUCUUUUCUCUCGUUUGUUAACCCCGUUUUUUUAUAUGGUUCAUAGACUUGAAUCUCAGGUCAUAGUACUUUUGAUUGAACAGGCUCAUUUUCACUGAGCAUUACCAUUGCAGUCUCAUUGUAAGGAUGACACGGUAGUAUUCAGAGUACGUGUAGGUAGCUCGCGCUAGAACGCAGCUCCUUCCCGCGAUUAGUAAUCCCCUAAAGCUAUUUCUGCGCCCAACGAACGCAAGAGAAAAAAAAUGUGCUGGUGUAUAUUCUCAAGGGGUCGAUUUUUGCAUGACACGAGCGUGCUUAGGGCAGAAGACUUGGAACAAUCACGCUAUAAAGUGCGUUUUCACAUGACGUCACGUCCGCCCCAUUGGUAUUCCAAAACAAGGAAACGGCGGCUAUGUUGGAGUUCUAAACCAGUUCCAUGGGAUUGAACCUUUUUGUUACGCAAAAACGUUCCUUUGUUGCAAUGAAUUUGCAAAGCUGCCGGCCACGUGAGUGAAAAUGCUCUGACUUUUAGUUUCUGGGAAACUGCCCACCUACCCCUCCCCUAAACCAACAUUAAUACUUAAUUCUUACUUAGGGCAAAAUGUUGUCUUAGGGGAGGGGUAGGUGGGCAGUUUCACAGAAACGUGAAAUGAUCCGGUAUUUCAUUACCUCCUCAUAUUGAGUUUUGCCCGUUUUAUCGUUCCUCUUUAGGCGAGACCGCAGUAGUUACAGCAGCGGUCAUGCAAGUGACAGCAGUAUUGGAGACUCUUCGGGAUUCCGCGGUCGAAGUCGUUCGCUUAAAAGAGCGAAGUCACGUACGUAUAUUCCUCUUGCUUGCUAGUUGGGAAAUGGCUUCGAAACGUUAGCUCUGUUAACUCACAACCAUUUGCCAUGGUUUGUAGUAGGUGAUUAAUUAGAGUGUUCUUGUAUAAUUAUAACGCCUUUCCGCUGUUUUAAUUUUGAUACAACACUGAGUGGAACCUAAGAUAUUUUUUGUAUUUCCUUGUAGUGUCUUCCAGAUCUGACGCAGCCAGCAGUAGCGGUUAUGAGAGCAUGCGCAACGAUGCUAGCCACGCAUCCAGUGACAGCUGUAGCGAGAAAGGACUGAACCGUUCAAAAAAGAAAGGUAAGAAAAUCCAUUUUCUUAAGCUAUUCCCUUAAGAGGAAAUAUUGUUUUACUGCUUCAAGAACCUUGUUGGUAGGCGCACGUUUGUUUAAACAACGAAUUCUGUUGGAAAAGAAAUCUAAAAAAGGUUUGAAAGUUUAAUGAUCCGUACUGUGACACUUUGGGUUAGUGGGCCUGUGCUUCGGUCCAUUGGUCAUGACACAGAUUAUUAUUACCAUAAUAAUGAUCUUAGUUGGAUUCAUUCGCGGUAUAUGCAUAUGGCUGUCGCAUUUUCCCGUUAGAAGUUUUAAGUUUUAAGCUGAAAAAAACAAAACAAAAACAAAAACAAAGCAAUUCCAACGGGCAAAAGCGACUGCUAUGCGUAUCGAUCCAUCUCAUAUCUGUUACUUCCCUUUAAUUACAACCUCUAAAAAUAACUUAAGUGAGAUUCACAUAUCUUGGCCGACGCCCUAAGAAUCGCCCUCUUUCGCAUUAUUCUCUCUUCAGCCCAUUUAAUCAAAUGUGCUUAGUAGAGUCCCUACUUAUUCGUUAGUGGUGUGUAAUUGUUUCGAGAACUUAUGAGGUCCUUAAAUUUUAGGUUCUUACGGCAGGAGCCGCUCUACGUCCCCCGGUUCUGGCUCCAGAAUUCGGAAGUACUCACCAAGGCGCUGGUUCUCAAGAAAGUCCCUGGAUGAGCCAGUUCAGAUAAAAGUUUACGAAGUCGAAGACAUGGAGAAAAUAAAGAAGGCCAUGGACCCAAACUUUCAGGUAAAAAAAAUAUGAGAGUGCUGCUGAACAGUUACCCGAAGGGGUUUCAUUUGAAUGGUCACACCAUAGGAUUUCAUCCACAGACUCAAAUGUUAGAACCACCUUGUACAGCAUAAUAAACAGUACCACAGGAAAGUACUGCUCAGUAGCUUUCAUUUGAAUCAGGUCACACCAUAGGAUUUGUGUUAAGAGUCCGAAGUUGAAAUCAUUGUCUGUGAUUUUGGGAGAGAAACGUUUUACCUGAAAACGUAGCAAAUGGUUGAUUUUCAAGUCUAGGAUCUCUAAGUAGUAUCAGAUUUGUUUAAACCUCUCACUUAUUGUUAUUUUUGUUUCUAUUAUUCAGUGGCAGGAUUCCGAAAAAAGGCAGUCACGAAUUGCUUCACUAAGGCAACGACAACGUAAUCUGAAGGAUGAAUUCUCAGAGGCCAAACAAAGGCUGCUAGAUGAAAACCAAAGAUGGAGUUAUGGACGUAAGUUUUGGAAUGUAUCGUAUGCAUAUCGCUUGUCGUUUUCAUGAUUUCAGGCCGGGAGAGAAUUAGUAUUCAUUCUGAAAAUGUUCCGGCCAAACUUAGGUCGUUUUCAUGGCCCUAUAUGGUUUAAAAAAUGAGGUCCGAGACAAAUCCCUUAACAAUAAAAGUGCAUAUUCCGGAGUAUCUAUUAUGUAAAAAUAGGUUAUAACUAUUUCGUUUCUUUAUUUCGAUCAGAAAUAUGGCUUUGAAUUGCGAAGGAAAGGCUAUCGACGAUUAGAAAUGCUUUCGUCCCUGUUACAAUCAGCUGUAUGAGACAUCAAAAAAAUUUUGCUACAUCUGUUUUUCUUUCCUUUCUUUGCAGUGAGAGCGGAGAAAGAGCUCGACAGCAACGAUCCGAGGUUUAUCAACGCGCUUGAAGAAGACAACAGAAAACUAGAAAAAAGGAUUGCUGCGUUUAAAUCCAACAUCAUGAUGGUGACGUCAUUUGAUAAAAUUACGACAACAGUUUAAGUUGUGACGUCAUAGAAUACUAACGCUAUUGACACUGCAUACAUUGAUAUAUAUAAUAUAUAGUGUGAUAUCAUCAUCGUGUAGACUAAUCGUUGUAUGAAAAUCAAGUAACGUUGCUAAGUGAUGUCAUCAGGUAUCUAAGUGCAUAGGGCGUUUUCACAUGACGUCACGUCCGCCAUAUUGUGUCCCAAGACAGUGAAACAGCGGCCAUGCUAGAGGAAUAUCCAACCAUCCCGAUCUCGUCGGGAUUCCCCCGAUUUUGCUUGAAAAUCCCGAAUUCCGACCAGUAUGCGAUGCAAUUGAGAUAGGAAAAAUCCCGAUUCUGACAUCCGUCCUGAUACUUCCUUAUGAAUUCUCUUGAUACUUAUACAAGCACACCAAAGAGAGUAUACCUUGGACAGAAAUUGUCCUUCUCGGAACACCAGAAAUGGCGUUGCAGAGCAUCAAGAUCUCAACAUUUUCUAGGAGAGCAUGGCCCCUCACCCCGCCUAGCGGCUCGCGCCUUCGGCGCUCGGUAAUUCGUGGGUCAUUGAAAAAUAUCCCGAUUUUACAUACCCCAUAAGGUUGGACAGUCCGUGCUUGUUCCCCAAACCAGUCCUGUGGGACUCGAACCUUCUUUAAUUAUGUAAAAACGUUGAUUCUUUUGUUCCAAUACACACAUGUGUGAAAACGCUCUAUAGCAUACAUCUCAAUAAUCUUUGUUAAAGAGUUAGGUUUUGUAGCUUUCGAACAUAGCAAGAUAUCUGUGUUGUUUAGCUUUUACGCUCAACAAAUUUCUUUUAGAAGUUUUGGAAUAUUUUAAAGGCAAAUUUUUGCCUCGAAUUGUUAUUUUUCAAAGUAAAGUUUUCACUAUAAAAGAAACUAACUUAUUUUUAUUCCCAGAUGACUAAGCUUUAAAUUACAGUAUUUAUAUCUCAC